UAGAAUUUAAAAAGAAAGGGGAGAUAUAUCAUCAAUAUUUAAUAAUUAAGUCUUCGGAGAAUUAAUUUCAAAAACAAGCACGAGUCUUCAAAAAGUCGUGGGUUGACCAUCAUUGAGUCAUACGGAAUUGCGACCGACUUCAUGCAAUUGCGACUGAUCGGGGAGUGAGGGGGCUGGUCAAGCAGGUUUCAGAUAUCGAGCAAUGUUUAUUCCCGAAACUAAUUCGUAACAAAUAAUAUUUCACUGCCGUUACUUCGAGAGAGACACACACAGUUACUUCGGCAGAAUGGCAUCGCUUGCUCGCGUCGGUAUCGCGAGGCUCGGAUACAAUAACCUCACUAAACAAUUAUGUAAGAUGCAGCUGUCUCACUGGUAUCCCACACGAAUUAUGUACAGGUAACUGCCGGCAAUGUGACACAAGUGGCUUUCAUCACUAGGAAGGCCAAAAGAGUGAACAUACGACCGAAAAUUCGGCCGUAUGACUACAUGAACAAAAGUUAUACUAUGUGGGACCAGCUGUUUGAUCCGAUGAUCGACAGACUAGACGACAAUUCCAAGGUGAUCGUCGUCGAGGGUCCACCCACUGUAGGCAAGGCUAAGUUCGCCCAGAAGUUGGCGGAUGAACUCGAAAUGAUAUAUUUACCACCGCCGACCUUCGACGAGUAUUACAUAACCCCAUAUGGAUACGAUUUGCGCACGUUGGACCACAAACUGUCACCAGGUGCGCAGUCGUGCGACUUGGAGAAGUUUCUGAAGGAUCCGUUCCACGUUAACGUGCCCAUGUUUCAAUUUCACUACUUUCAACUUAAGUAUGAUCAAUAUAUCACUGCUAUGUUGCACUUACUGUCGACCGGCCAGGGGAUAGUGCUCAACCGCUCUUUCUACACCAAUUUCGUAUACGCGAAAGCGAUGAUGAAUGCGGGCUAUAUGCGUCCUGAGGCGCUGCGCUUUCACAAUGAAGUUGUAGAAAUCGCAGAGGCAGCAGUGAUGAGGCCUCACUUGAUUAUUUAUCUGGACCUGCCUGUUAAUGUCAUCAAGGAAAGAAUAAAAAAGCGAGCUAUACCGUACGAGGUGAAUUCGAAAGUUUUAACAACAGAGUAUCUCACAGAUGUGGAAGAUGUGUACAAGCAAGAUUAUCUGAGGCGCGAAAUGACUCAUUCUCACGUAUUGAUUUACGACUGGACGCAAGAGGGGGAUAUUACGUAUGUGAUUGACGAUAUCGAGGAAUUGAACUUUGAAGAGUACGAUCUAAAGGGCAAAAUGUCGGAGUGGAUUUUCGAGAAUGUACAACAGCUCCGUAUCAAGAGAACGUAUUUCCAAGACAGAUUUUAUCUGCAUAAAGAUUAUUAUUAUAUCGACUUUAAUGUCAUUGAAUUAGCAUAUUCACCUGAGGAAGCAAAAGAACAAACUGAAUUGUACAUGACGGUGCCUGGUGAGAAAUACGAUAAGGGAUUCAACGAGGUAGAUAAAGGAAUUCUAUUUAAGGCGGCUUUCCCUCCGGUGUUUACGAGCAUUAGGAAUCACCCACGUGAUGUGGAAGUGCUGCGAGAAGAAUUUAAGAAACUCAAAGCUAUCGCGAAGUUUUGAGAACUAAGGGAAUAUGUUCGCAUAUAUAUAUAUGUAGGGAAGAGAAUAGAACUUGUAAACAGUGGCUGAAGCAAAAAUAAAUUGCUGUUGUAAAGUAAA